UUUCGUUUGCUUCUCUCAACCAUCAUCUCUCGAUUCGUUCUUGUCACCAUUGUCUUUGGGGUUUCUGUGAUUUUCAUUACAAGGUGAAGAAACGGGAGAAGACACAGAGUUAUGAGGGACAGGGGAACAACGACUCUCCCAGGGGAUGCAAGCGAAGACAAUUCAAGGAAAUGGAUGCUUGAGAGCAUUGAGAUUGAUAGAAUGGCCGAUGUUCCUCUAAAUGACCAGUCUGGGACAUCCAUCUCCACUUGUCCCAAUGAAGCAGCCUUCACCAGGGACACAAGUACUUCCAACACUGCAUCGCACUCGAGGAAUCCGAGUACUUCCUCAGGGUUACCUCCGAAUCCAGGCAGUUUAACCGGGUUGCCUUGGAAUUCGAGUACUGCAGCCGGGUUAUCCAGGAAUACGAGCAUUUCCCCGGCGUUUCCACGGAGUGCUUCCAGGGUGACAUCCUUCAGGAGGCUUAUAAGUACUGCUAGGAAGAGGUCAAAUGGGGCUCCACCAAAUAUUCCUAGAGUGCAAAGGACUGCCUCUUCCGCUGCGAAAGGGAUUCAGAGUCUACGUUUCCUUGACCGAACCGUCACUGGGAAGGAAAUGGAUGCUUGGAAAUCAACGGAAAGGCGUUUCAACCAGUUUGCGGUUGAUGGGAAGCUCCAUAGAGAUAAAUUUGGUGUCUGCAUUGGAAUGGGAGAUUCCAAGGAAUUUGCAGGGGGAGUAUUUGAUGCCUUAGCAAGGCGUAAAAAAAUAAACCCAGACUAUGGGAUAACCAAGGAAGAGUUGCAAUCAUUCUGGCAAGAUAUGACUAAUCAAGAUCUUGAUUCAAGGCUUCAGAUUUUCUUUGAUAUGUGUGACAAGAAUGGUGAUGGUAAGCUGUCAGAGGAAGAGGUAAAGGAGAUUUUAGUGUUGAGUGCCUCCGCAAACAAGCUUGGGAAACUUAAACAGCAAGCCGCAACAUAUGCAUCUUUAAUCAUGGAAGAGCUUGACCCUGAUCAUAUGGGAUAUAUAGAGAUAUGGCAGUUGGAAAUUCUACUAAGGGGAAUGGUGAACUCUGAUGAAGGCAGCAAGCUUAACAAGAAAUCGCAGUCCCUGGCAAAAGCAAUGAUCCCUAAAAGAUAUAGAACUCCAAUAAGCAAAUACACAUCCAUGACCGUAGAAUUUGUCAAUGAAAACUGGAAGAGAAUAUGGGUUGUAGCACUUUUUGUAAUCAUAAACUUAAUCCUCUUCUUUUGGAAGUACAUCCAAUUCUACGGGUCAGCAACGUAUCAAAUCACAGGUUAUUGUGUCUGCGUUGCCAAGGGUUCUGCUGAGGCUCUCAAGCUUGACAUGGCUCUCAUUCUCCUUCCAGUGUGUAGAAGAACUCUUACUAAGCUCAGAUCAACGUUUCUCCACAAAAUAAUCCCUUUUGAUGACAAUAUUAACUUCCACAAGUUAAUUGCACUAGCAAUAGCCAUUUGGACCAGUCUCCAUACUUUUUUGCAUCUUGCUUGUAAUUAUCCGAAAAUAUCUGGAUGCCCAACAGGAAAAUUCAUGGCACUUCUUGGGCCUGCCUUUGGUUACAAGCAACCAAGUUACGCAGACCUGGUGAACAAUACAGUUGGUAUUACUGGGGUACUUAUGGUGAUUCUAAUGUUAUUUUCGUUUACACUGGCAACGCACAAUUUUAGAAGAAAUGUUGUCAAGUUACCAUGGCCAUUUACCAUAUUGGCCGGGUUCAAUGCUUUCUGGUAUGCACAUCAUUUGCUGACCUUGGUCUAUGUCCAACUGAUCUUGCAUGGUUACUUCCUCAUCUUCAAAAAGCCUUGGUACUGGAAGACGACUUGGAUGUAUCUCAUGAUCCCAAUGUUAUUCUAUGCAAGCGAGAGAUUCCUUACCAGAUUCCAGGAACACAAGCAUAACGUGAAUGUCAUUAAGGCUGUUAUAUAUACAGGAAAUGUUCUAGCUCUAUACGUGACCAAGCCUCCAGGAUUCAAGUAUAAAAGUGGAAUGUAUCUGUUCGUCAAGUGUCAUGAUAUAUCUAAAUUUGAGUGGCAUCCCUUCUCCAUCACUUCGGCACCAAAAGAUGACUACCUGAGCGUCCACAUACGAACGCUGGGGGACUGGACUAGAGAACUCAAAGAUAGAUUUGAAAAGGUUUGUGAACCCCCAACUGUGGAAGCAAAAAGAGGCAAUUUAAUGAGAAUGGAAACCAGAGCAACUAAAAAAACAGAAUCAAGUGCAGACUACGAACAGGAACAAACUAUAUUUCCAAGUAUCUUCAUCAAGGGCCCCUAUGGAGCCCCAGCCCAAAACUAUAAGAAGUAUGACAUUCUCUUGCUUAUUGGUCUGGGAAUUGGGGCAACCCCAUUUAUCAGCAUCAUAAAAGAUCUGCUGAGCCGCAUCAAGCCAGCUGAUGGUUUACAAACAGAGGGCGGUAUGAAGCCUGGUAAGAAGUAUCCUGAAAGGGCAUAUUUCUAUUGGGUAACUAGGGAACAAGGCUCCUUCGAAUGGUUUAAAGGUGUCAUGGAUGACAUUGCAGAACAUGACAAAAAUAAAAUGAUAGAAAUGCACAACUACUUAACCAGCGUGUAUGAAGAAGGCGACGCUCGGUCUGCCCUCAUCGGCAUGGUGCAGAAAAUUCAACAGGCUAAGAAUGGAGUUGAUAUUGUCUCAGAAAGCAGGAUAACGACACAUUUCGCAAGACCCAACUGGGGGAAAGUUUUCUCUCAACUGGCUAGUACUCAUGAAUCUUCUCGAAUAGGUGUCUUCUACUGUGGAAGUGCUACACUUACCAAAGUAUUAAAGAAGCUAUGUCAUGAAUUUAGCCUAGAAACAUCAACCAGGUUCCAUUUUCACAAGGAGAACUUUUAAAGUGUACACUUCACAAUCAUGUAAACUACACAAAAUCUAGUGAAGAA